AUGGCAGUACUAGCGGGUAUCGGAUAUUUACUCAUCGCAUUCUCACCUUCAAUUGUUAUUUUCCGACGGGUAAUUGCUAGUGAUCCCUUGCGAAUAAUACUUUUUGUGUUGGGUGCAUUUUUUUGGCUCUUGUCAUUACUACUAUCAGCAUGUGUAUGGUUCGCAGUGGUACCCUUCAGAGAGCAUCUGGUUUUUGCAAUAGCUGUCUCUGUCGCAUUACAGGAAGGAGCCAGAUUUCUUCAUUUCAUCCUCUUGAAAAAGGCACAAAAAGGUCUGAACCAUAUGUCAGUUGCCGGCCAAAAAAUAGCUGGUGUGCAUACUCUGCGACACGCUCGUCAUAUCUUGGCCACUGUGUGUGGUUUAGGAAUGGGCGUGAUGGCAGCUUUGUUUCUCAUUAUCAAUGUGAUCGCUGACUUUUGGGGUCAUGGUACUGUGGGUUUACCAGCUACUGUACCCUAUGUAUCGGAUCGCUUCAUGACCAAGCUCCUCCCCAAUGACCAGCAUUUCCCUAUAACGUAUUCUAUAUCAGCAUGCAUGGUCACAUUAUGUCAUGUCUUCUGGACCGUGUUGUUCUGGGAUGGAUGUCAUAAAAAAGGUACGACAAGUACCUGGUGGAUGGGUAUUUGUUUUGCUAUCACCUCACACUACGCUAUGUCUGCUCUGAGCUUCGGAAAUCGAACGAAAUAUCAGAUGGCGGUAAUGUGCGUGCAGGGAGCCAUAGUUGUGAUAAAUGGAGCGAUCUCAUUCUUGGUUAUGGAUGUCACUUGGACAAUAUUGAAACGCAAAACAAAAUUAGCAUUUUGCAGACUGCUAUGCAUAAGAGACUGCAGCUCGGAAUCUAUUGGUGCCUCUAUUUCCAGAUCUGAAAACUCUGCCAAUGGGACGGUUGGUACUGCAGCACUUAUCAUGAGUAAGCCACCGACGGCAGAAUGUGCUGUUGUGUUUUCAUAA